UCAGUUGAGAAAAAAAUCUUUACAACUGCUCCGAACGAAUUUUCAUCGCGCUAAAAUGUUAAAAAAUAGUAACUAAUCCUACGAAAUUUCAACAGAUCUAACUACAAUUCAAUAAUUUGCUUUCUUAACAGUAGUUUGUGUAUAUUUGUGUUCGCUUCAAAAUUGUCAGUAAAAAAAUGUGAUUGGCUGGAAAUAUUGCGACAAAAAUAAGCACGAAGUUUAAAUAUUUGCAGAAACAAAAAAUAUCUACCUAGAUAUAUAAUAAAAAAUAUAAGAAAAAGAUCAACCAAUAAAAUAAGAAAGUGAAUGGCAAAUGUUUAGAGUGAAAUUCAUCCGAUAAUAUUAAAUAUAAUAACAGAAAAGUGAUAGAAACAAGUAGACAGUGUGAAGGAUUAACGCAACAAAAUGGCAUAUGUGAAGCCUACUGACUUGGAUGGAUUCAUCACACAAAUGGGAAAGUCGGAUGUGCGCAUUAAAACGAUACUAUCUGAAGACUUAGUGAAUUACCUCAGUGAUUAUGAGAAUUCUUUAGUGUGCACUGACUUGGGAAUGCUCAUUGAUGCCCUCAUGCCAUGGCUAACAGGCAGUCAUUUUAAGAUCGCCCAACGUGCUUUAGAAGCAUUUACAGAACUGGUGCAAAGAUUGGGUCAAGAUUUCAACGCCUACACAUCAAACAUUCUCCCUCAUGUUGUUGAUCGAUUAGGUGAUAGUCGUGAUACUGUAAGAGAGAAGGCUCAAUUGCUGCUUCAGAAGCUUAUCGAAUGUCGUGUUGUUGCACCUCAAAAAUUAUUAGAUAGUCUCACUGGAUGCUUCAAGCAUAAAAACGCUAAAAUCCGCGAAGAGUUCCUUCAAACAAUUGUCAACACAUUAAAUGAAUACGGCACACACGCCAUCAGCGUCAAAGCAUUUAUAUCACCAAUUGUAGCACUUCUUGGGGAUCCAACUGCAGUUGUUCGCGAUGCAGCUUUUCAAACACUUGUAGAAAUUUACAAACACGUUGGUGAUCGUUUGCGUCAGGAUCUGAGAAAGAAAGACAUUUCUCCACAAAAGUUAGCAACACUUGAACAAAAAUUUGAUGAAGUUAAGCACGAUGGAUUGUUACUGGCAUCAGCAUUGAAUGCCGCAUUAACAAAUUACGACGAAGCUGAUGCUGCAUCAUUGGGACCACCAUUGAGACCAACAAAAUUAGUAAAACGAACAAUGUCAGCAACAGCAUCUGCAAGAAAGCACGGUGUUAAUGAUACACCGACAAAUAUUGGAAGUGGCGAGAAUAUGUCACUUCAAGCUGGUGCAGUUACGCAAGAAAUUUUUGAAGCAUCUUUCGAAAAUGUUCCACAAAUUACCGUGUUUGGGCAACGUGACAUCGAUGAAGCUAUGAAGACAAUUAAUGUAACAAUUGGUGAUAAGAACAUGGACUGGGAGAAGCGAGUUGAUGCACUGAAAAAGCUUCGAUCAUUGUUGAUGCUCAAUGCUCAAACAAAUCCAAACUUUCCUCAGCAACUUAAGGACUUAUCAAUUUCAUUCCUCGAUAUCCUCAAAGAGCUCCGCUCUCAAGUCAUUCGUGAAGCUUGCAUAACACUCGCAUACAUGUCAAAAUUGUUAAGAAAUAAAUUGGAUCAGUUUCUCGUUUACAUUCUUCACGAGAUGAUAAAUUUAAUUCAAAAUUCAGCUAAAAUCAUUUCAAGUGCUGGAACAUUGGCUCUCAGAUAUGUCAUAAGAUUCUCACACAUUCCAAAGCUUCUUCCGAUUAUAACAUCGAAUCUCAUGCAAUCAAAAUCAAAAGAUAUUCGGUCGAAUCUUUGUGAGCUUCUUAAUAUGGUGUUUGAAGAAUGGCCAACUAGAGCUUUAGAAAAACAUCAAUUGUUGUUAAGAGAUUCAGUGAAAAAAGGAAUAAGCGAUGCUGAUGCAGAAGCUCGUCGACAUAGUCGAAGAUCUUAUUGGAGUUUCCGGAAACAUUUCCCGGAUCUUGCUGAUCAACUUUAUGGUUCAUUGGACAUUUCAACACAGAAGCAAGUCGAGAAAGAACGCGACGCUGGAUCUAAUGGUACAAAUUCAAUGAGUGCUAGUCUUCGUGGAAGUAGUUCGAGUCUUAAUUCUAUGCCUGGUGGUGUUUAUAAACGGAGACAGUCAUCUGGAUUACGUAGUCCUGCAGCGACACAGCCAGCGAGUAACUUUAGAAGUGUUUCGGCAGUCGAUGCAAAUGCAGUACAACGUGCCAAAGCAAGAGCUCAAUAUGCUAAUAUGUCACGAUUGAAAAUGGCAGCGGGAUCAGCGUCUGUCCCCCGUGUUAAGAAAAUCACAUCAGUAACAGCAACACCACAACAAUCAUCACCUGAACGACAAGUUCGCUCAAGACAAGCUGGAGUUUCACAAUCUCAACCAUCAUCACGUAGCUCUUCACCAUCAUCACGCCUUCAUCAUUACACACCUGGCUAUUCAGGAUAUCGGCAAACGGGAACUGUUCCCAAGAAAGCAACGACAGGCAUUCCAAGAUCACUCGUGAACUCACGUGAAACAAGCCCAUCACGUGGUCAGUCACAAUUUGGUUCAUUAAACCGUCGGCAACUUCAUUCAACGAGUAGUCCUCGAAGAGCUGAACGUCCACCAUUAAAUCCAGGUCGUCAGAGUUCAGCACAAAAAAUGUUACAACAAAGUCGUGAAGCUGAAUCAACUUUGUCGCCUGAUGAACAAGAUUUCCAAAAUGACCUUGCGCGACUUACAUUAACGCGUAAAAUUUCACGUGAGGAGUCUGAUGAUGGGAGUGAAGCGUCUUCUGUUUGUUCGGAAAGAUCGUUCGAUUCAUAUCGUCGUGGUAACGAUUCUUAUUCAUGGAAUGGUUCAAGAUCGCGUCUUGACGGAUCAGCUAAGCAAAUUGACGACAUUGACACCAUUAUUCAGUAUUGUGCAUCAACACAUUGGAGUGAACGUAAAGAUGGUCUCACAAAUAUGACGCAAUAUUUGUCAGAAGGAAAAAUGUUGACAGCACAACAAUUACAAUGCAUCUUGGACUUGUUUCGUAAAAUGUUUAUGGAUCCGCAUAUUAAAGUUUAUUCGCUUUUCUUGGACACGGUCAACGAAUUGAUUUUAUCGCAUUCGAAUGAUCUUCAUGACUGGCUUUUCAUUCUUCUUACGCGGUUGUUUAAUAAACUUGGAACAGAUUUACUUGGAUCGAUGCACGAUAAAGUUUGGAAGACUCUUCGUCUCAUUUAUGAAUAUUUUCCAGCAAAUCUUCAACUUCAAAGUGUUUUUAAAAUUCUUACUGAUUCAACACAAACGCCAAAUGUUAAAACAAAAUAUGCAAGCGUUAAAUUUCUGACAACAUUAGCACAACAAUAUUGUAUGGCUGAUAAUUUUAUGACAACGCCGCCAGUUGAUCGAGCAAUCCUUAAAGUUCUAACUUAUACUGCUGAUCAAAAGAGUAUGGAGUUGAAGCAGCAAUCACGACAUUGCAUCAUUGCUUUGUAUAAUUUAAAUCCAGCAAAUAUGACACUCAUUCUAGCAAAUCUCCCGAAACAAUAUCAAGAUCAAGCUCGAACUUACAUUUCAACACCUUUACGUAAUAAUGUUUCAGGUCCUCGUUCACGUCAGACUAGCGUUGAAGUUGAUCACUCAUCAAUCAAUCAUGAAGAAGUUUAUAAAAAUCUUCGUAAGACAACAGCAGAAAUUCAAAAUUACACGUUUGAAAGUAAAUUGGACCGUAAUGCGAACAGCAAAGAUUCGGGGAUUAGUCAAAUGGGCGAGAAUCAUUUAUUACAUGCGCCAGCUAAUGGCUUCAAUGGUCAUAUUGGAUCAAUUGAUAAAGACGACUCUAUAAAUGGAUCAAAAACACAAUCAUCAGCAACAACUGAAUCAAACACUCCAGAAAAUACUGUAAAAUUGGAGAAUAUGGGACAAAAAGUUGCACCAAUUUUCACAAUUGACAAGAACGAAAUUGUUUUGGAAAAUGGCAUUCGAGAAAGUGAAAUUAUAAAACAAGCAGUGGCUUUAGCACAUAUAGAAAACGCCGAUACUGAUUACAUCGUUCAAGUGUUCUUGAACUUGACAACUUGCAUAGCAAAUGGCACAUGUGACCUGCCUAAAAAAUACUUUAAACAAAUUAUGAUAACGCUUCUUAAGAUGAUUGAGUCACAAAAUCCUGUGGUGAUGAUAGCUGCACUAAAGAUAUUGUCAAAAAUUAUUCGAAGUUCUCCAAUGCGAGAAGAUUGGACUGGUUUUCUUGAAUUAAUUCUUUUGAAAAUCAUCGAUUGUUAUAAAGCAGGAAAGGAGGUUCAACGUGAAAUUGAUUCAAUUAUAGGCAAAAUAUCGGCGGUUCUCCCUGUUGAUACUUCAAUUAACAUUCUUAAUCCAGUCAUUGCUACCGGCGAUUUUCCAAGCAAUUUAUGUGCGUUAAAAAUUCUUCGUGACUUGGCUGAUCAACAAGGCAAGGACUUCACUGAUAAUCAUCUUGACAUUUUGAUGCCAAAUAUAGCAAGACUUGCGGAUGUUGAAGAGUCGAUGGUUCGCAAAGCCGCUGUCUUUUGUAUUGUUAAAUUGUAUUUCGUAAUGGGCGAAGAGAAAGUAAAGCCCAAAUUUGCGCUUUUAAAUGCCAGCAAAGUUAGAUUAUUAAAUGUGUACAUAAGUAAGAAUCAAGGAAAGAACUCAUCAUCAUGAUCUAACAGAUAUCAUUACUUUCAACGUUGAUUAAUAUCAUCAACAAUAAAAUUAGCAAAAAAAAUUAAGCUCAAUAAGUUGAAAAGUAAGAAAAAAAUUUCGCCAAUUCCUGAAUAACUUCACCGAUUGUUGGCUUGCUUAUUGCAACAAAAAAAAAUGAAAAAUAAAUAACAAAGCAAAGAAACAAAAAAAUAAAUAAAAUCACAUUUUAAAUUAUUUUUCCUAAAAGAAGAUUUAAUGUUUAGGUGACAAUAGGAAAAAAACUUGAAAACAAAAAGAAAAACUGAAUGAAUGGAUGUUUCUUAUAUAUGUAGAAUCGAUUUUUUCCUUUUAAUUACAACAAGAAAUAAAUAUUAAAUUGUUAAGUGAAGAAAGAUGUUAAACGUUCAUUACUUUCUUGCUUUUUAUUAAAAAGAAAACAAAAGAAAAAUCAUAAAAAAAUCAUUUUUUUGCAUUAUCUAUCACUAUCGCUUCUUUAAAUUCUUCAGCUUUAACCUUAUCACCACAAGCAAAGCAUAAUUAUUUUUCAUGGAACAAGAAGAAAAUUGAAAAUCAUUUUAAUAAAAAGUCAGAUUUAAAAAGAAAUCAGA